AUGCGACGAAGUCUUGCACCAAGUACAGCAGUGAAACGUUUAAUUGAUUCUAGUGAUUAUGAAAAUGAUUCAGAUACUGAUGAUGAUGAUGAUAAUGGAUUGAAAAGAAAUGGAAAACGUAAAAGAAAUGAAAAACCGAAAAAAGUUUAUGCUAAUGCAAAAAUUUCAAAUAAAGGUUAUGAUACAAGUCAAUUUAUAUCUUCGUUUCGUAAAGCACUUGUACCUAUUGGAAAUUAUUCAUCAAUAAAUUUUGGAAGUAGUAAUAGUGAACAUGAAUCGUUUAUUCGAUCACUACUUGCUCAACCAUUUAAAAUUCCAAUACCAAAUUAUAAAGGACCAAUAUCAGGUCGUGGUUUAGGUGUAAGACGUUCGGGUGGAAGACAAAGUUUAUAUGAUCCAGAAGAAGAAGGUGCACUUGUUUUGUAUACACCACCAGAAUUAAGUGAACAUGAUAAACUUAAAAUUGACAAAGAUAAAGUACAAGUUCAUGUUGUUGUUGAUCCAGUUUUAUCAAAAAUACUUCGACCACAUCAACGUGAAGGUGUCAAAUUUCUUUAUGAUAGUGUUACAGGCGCUCAAAUUGAAAAUUAUCAUGGUUGUAUUAUGGCUGAUGAAAUGGGUCUUGGUAAGACACUACAAUGUAUAACACUUUUAUGGACAUUAUUGCAACAAGGACCUGAUUGUAAACCAACAAUUCAAAAAGCAAUUAUUGUUUGUCCAGCAUCAUUAGUUAAAAAUUGGGAUAAAGAAGUAUAUAAAUGGUUAAAUGGUCGUCUUGGUACAUUACCUAUUGAUAAUGGUACAAAAUCAGAAAUUGAAACACGACUUAAAACAUUUAUGCUUUCUCAAACACGUCGUUCAGGAAAUCCAGUAUUAAUUAUAUCAUAUGAAGCAUUUCGUUCACAUGCUGCUGUUCUUCAUAAAGGUUCAGUUGGUUUAAUUAUUUGUGAUGAAGGACAUCGAUUAAAAAAUGCUGAAAAUCAAACUUAUGAUGCAUUAUUUAAACUUGAUUGUCGACGACGUGUUUUAUUAUCUGGUACACCAAUUCAAAAUGAUUUACUUGAAUAUUUUAGUUUAAUACAUUUUGUUAAUAGUGAUAUUCUUGGUACAGCUAGUGAAUUUCGAACACGAUUUGAAAAUCCAAUUCGACGUGGUCGUGAUGCUGGUGGUAGUGAUAAAGAAGUUCAACAAGCUCAAGAAAAAUUACAAGAAUUAAAUCAAUUAGUUAAUCGAUGUAUUAUUCGACGUACACAAGCAUUACUUACAAAAUAUUUACCGGUUAAAAUUGAACAAGUUAUCUGUUGUAAAUUAAUGCCAUUACAAAUUGAAUUAUAUAAAAAAUUUGUUGAAACUGGUAUAUCAGAAAUUGGAUCAUCAAAUGGAAAAUUUUCACAAUCAGCUUUAUCUGUUAUUACAAGUUUAAAGAAAUUGUGUAAUCAUCCAGCACUUAUCUUUGAAAAAUGUUUAGAAAAAGUAGAUGGUUUUUCUAAAUUAUUACCUAUAUUUCCAUCAGGUUUUAAUAUGAAAACAAUUGAUCCAGUUUUAUCGGGUAAAAUGAUUGUAUUAGAUUAUUUACUUGCUGUUAUCAAAGCAACAACUGAUGAUCGUGUAGUACUUGUUUCAAAUUAUACACAAACAUUGGAUAUUUUUGAAAAGUUAUGUCAACAACGAAGAUAUCAAUUUGUUCGUCUUGAUGGUUCAAUGUCAAUUAAAAAACGAGGCAAAAUUGUUGAUAGUUUUAAUAAUCCAGAAAGUUCAGAUUUUAUCUUCAUGUUAAGUAGUAAAGCAGGCGGUUGUGGUCUUAAUUUAAUCGGUGCUAAUCGUUUAGUCAUGUUUGAUCCUGAUUGGAAUCCAGCUAAUGAUGAUCAAGCUAUGGCUCGAGUUUGGCGAGAUGGACAAAAAAAACAAUGUUAUAUCUAUCGUCUUAUUUCGACGGGUACACUUGAAGAAAAAAUUUUUCAACGACAAGCACAUAAAAAAGCAUUGAGUAGUUGUGUAGUUGAUCAAGAAGAAGAUGUUGAACGACAUUUUACAGCUGAUGAAUUACGAGAUUUAUUUCGAAUUAAUGAAAAUACUCGUAGUGAUACUCAUGACAAAUUUAAAUGUAAACGAUGCAUGAAUCAAAUUCAAAUAAAACUACCACCCGAUGAUGCUGAUUGUGGUUGUGAUUUAUCACAAUGGUAUCAUUGUUGGGAUAAACGUAAUUUAGUUGAUCAAUUAUUGAAACAAAUUUGGCGUGAUGAUGUUAUUUCAUUUGUUUUUCAUCAAAAAUCACAUGAACAAAAAAAGACUGUUUAA